AUGGAGUCCUUUAAAGUUGCAUAUUCCAGAAGUAAGUUUAUUUUUGAUUAAAACGCAGAAAAGAAAUCACAACCGACUCACUGGAGAAGGUGUGUUGUACUGAGGUUCAUUUUCACGUGAUUGGUUUAUAUAGGACCACUAAAAUUGCUUGUUACAGACGGUUCUCGCUAUUGGCGCACUUAUUUUUUAAUAAAGCGUUUAAUCCAAGUUCAACAAUACAUGUUUAUAAUCAAGUUAUCUCAAAAUGCGCCUCCCAUUGAGCGAUUCUUCUUCAGUCUUCUGCCUUUCUAUCCAUUUAAAGUCCUUUUAAUUUCUCCAAAGAUCCAGCAUGUCAGCAGUAUGCAUGGUUCAUUAUUCGGCCCAUUGAAGCCCUUUCUUUUCUCUUAAGACCAAUAAGAAUUUCAUUUUCAUCUGAACGAAAAGCCUUCAAGUUUAGAUGCCUUAUUUUUUCACAGGCUAUGAUAAUCGUCAGACAUGGCAAUCGCGUCGUAACACUUGCGGGCAGUCAACACAGUGGGGUACCUGAUUCAGUGGCAAAAAACGUACCAUUUUGCAUUCGGGAAGUAUCAAAAAUGUGGCAAAAUGCUUCCCUCUCCAAGUGAAAAAACACCGAUUUCAGAAACGCGCCCUUUCCCUCACAAAAAACGCCCUUCAAAACAAUUUUUUUCACUUGUAGAGGAAAGCAUUUUGCCAGACUUUUGAUACUUCUCGGAUAAUUAGCUAUUAUUUAUGACUCAUAGCUCAUAAUGACCUAAAGCUCGUGUUGAUCCCAGCAAUCCAUUAGUUCCAACUUCUUGUUCUUUAUUUUAUGCAAGCAGGUGGCCAUCAUAAACCCGCUUCUCAUGUGAUCUUUGGGAAAAUUUAACGAAGUUUUACUCCGGCUGACUUUUAAAUACAUCAAAUGGCUUCUUUUAGCCUAAUGUAUAAUUGACCAUUUUGAAAACAAUACCGCAAUUUCCCGGAACUCCUUAUUUUUGGCUAAUCGCAUUUUGAAGAAAAGGAUGAUGACGGUAUAAAAUGGGCAUCUUUGAACGCCCUCUUGUAGGGCAUUCAUCUUCUUGGGACCUAACUCUUUAGUAAUACAUAGUCUAAGAAUGAUCGAGUUUGAAAAUCCUUUGUAUAUUGAUGAUGAUAUUGUUGAAGAGCCGGAAGCUUCCAAACAAAUCGGUAAUCCAGCACUUUCAUGGGCUUGUUUCCUGUCGACUUACCGCAGUUUUUGGUGGUUAACCUGAUAAGCUAAUACCAUUCCUUCAGAUAUGAAUGUCCAGCAUCACAAAAACUCCAGCACGAUGCAGCAGAUCAUGGAGCUUCAAGCACAGCGCGCGGAAUUCAAGUAAGUAGAGACUGGGGUUGAACACACUUAAAAGACGAUUUCUGAGUCAGUGCGUCAGCCGUGGACAUAGGAAAAAAUCGAUUUUGAGUUUUUUGCACUAAAAUGGCUGUUGGAAGGUGCUAAGCAAAAGCGAACAGUAUUUUUUCCCAAAACUUUCAUCAAGGUAUAUUUUUUUACAAUUUACUGUUUUAGAAGUAAUAGCCUCUAGCUGUCGUACCUUACCUUACUGGGCGAUGAUUUGACGGUUACUGAAGUUUUUGACCCUUGCGAUGACGACGGAAUCAUUAUUUUUCCGAUUUUCCUACUGUAACAUACCGUAAUACCGUAUCGGCCGCUAAAAAACGGCCGUAGAAUCUUUCUUUCUGAAAAUUUCACAGGCGAUUUUACGAUUUUUGGAAUCAGCAUAAAAUUCUGCUCUAGAGGCAAUCAAAAAAGUUCAAAAAAGCUGCGACAAAUUUCGUGGUAUAGUGGUUAGUGGUCGGGACUACCAAUCCAGCGACCCGGGUUCGAGUCCGGCCGGGUGCGAAUAUCGAAAAGAAGUCCGAAAUUAAAUUUAUUGUGAUUCAGAGGUUUGUAUAUUUUGCCAUGAGCAAUUAUCAAUGUCAAUGGUAGCUGGAUUCGAGGCUAAAACGGGGUUUAUAUAAUUUUAGAGGCUCAAUACGUGAAAAAAUAAAAGUGCUUCAAACCGGUUGAAAUUGAUAAUACUUAUUCUAAGGGCUACUCUAAAACACUUUCUCGUUAACUUUUUUUUGUAACUUACUGUAACAUGGAUUACUGUGACAUGAAAUCCAAUUUUACUUUUUGCAUACCACGGGGCGUAGACAGCUCGGACUUUAACCAUAUUGAGAGAGAUGGUUAAUAACGAGUUGGUUUGCAUACAAAAAUUUUUUAUGGCCGCACAGUUUGAAACAACAGAGUUAUUUCACGCAGUUUUGUCAGAUAGCGAUGAUAUAAUGACACACUGGAAAUGAAGCGGAAAUUUAUUUUGUGUACCUAUAGUGGACCUUCGUUGCUGUUUGAACGAGCUAGUCAAAAAAACUCGAGACUGGAUGCAACAAUUUUGAAGAAAAUCCCGCUUAAGUACAAAAUCUUUAUCUUACUGUAGUGCAUGGAACAGUAAGCUACCAAAAAAAAGUUAACGAGAGAGUGUCUUAGAAUAGCCCUUAGAAUAAGUAUUAUCAAUUUCAGCCGGUUUGAAGCACUUUUAUUUUUUCACGUAUUGAGCCUCUAAAAUUAUAUAAACCCCGUUUUAGCCUCGAAUCCAGCUACCAUUGACAUUGAUAAUUGCUCAUGGCAAAAUAUACAAACCUCUGAAUCACAAUAAAUUUAAUUUCGGACUUCUUUUCGAUAUUCGCACCCGGCCGGACUCGAACCCGGGUCGCUGGAUUGGUAGUCCCGACCACUAACCACUAUACCACGAAAUUUGUCGCAGCUUUUUUUGAACUUUUUUUGAUUGCCUCUAGAGCAGAAUUUUAUGCUGAUUCCAAAAAUCGUAAAAUCACCUGUGAAAUUUCCAGAAAGAAAGAUUCUACGGCCGUUUUUUAGCGGCCGAUACGGUAUUACGGUAUGUUACAGUAGGAAAAUCGGAAAAAUAAUGAUUCCGUCGUCAUCGCAAGGGUCAAAAACUUCAGUAACCGUCGAAUCAUCGCCCAGUAAGGUAAGGUACGACAGCUAGAGGCCAUUACUUCUAAAACAGUAAAUUGUAAAAAAAUAUACCUUGAUGAAGGUUUUGGGGAAAAAUAUUGUUCGCUUUUGCUUAGCACCUUCCAACAGCCAUUUUAGUGCAAAAAACUCAAAAUCGAUUUUUUCCUAUGUCCACCCCUAACAGACGGCUGAUGCACUGACUCAGAAAUCGUCUUUUAACAUUCAUCAAAUGUAUUUUUUCUUAUUGGUCACAAACAAAAUUACGACUACGAACGGUGAAAUGUGCACCAUGAGAAAUGGUGAGAUUAGCCUCUCCAGAGCAAACACUAAAGCCGUGGAAACCGGCUUUAUAAUAGCAGAGGAAAACCCUCAUAACCAAAUUAAUUUCGGCUCUGUCCACACGCUAUACAUAUUCUAAUUGUGUCGCAGCUAAACUAAAUUUUGCUACAAUGGACCUGAACGCACUGAACGCCAAUGUUCGUAGGGAGAGUUUGUUAACCAUUAACACCUCGAUUUCAAUAGGAACGUCAUUAGACUUUCCGGUCUGUGAUAGGUGAGAAUAAUUUGCACUUAAAUUGGUUAGCUUAUCAGUCUCUCGGUUAAAUAAUGAGCGUAAUGUCGCUGAGCCAAUCGCGUGACUGAAGUGAAAAGCAAUUUGAGUUUGCCGCAACACAGCUUCGACGCGAUUCUUGCUGCGACAGAGUGCUCAUUAUUUUCCUUACGCUGUAGAAUAGACAUGGCUCUCGGACCGCGCCAAAGUGCAGACUAGAAAAGGGCCCAAAGAUUUUUUUGAGGUUACCACAGUUCGUUGAGAGAACGACGUCUAUAUUAUAGGACGUCUAUCUAUAAUAUAAGUGACAACUUUUAAUUUUUUGACUGAUUGUUAGAUUUAAAAUUUUUAAAAAUCGUUUCUACAAUAUUGUAUGUAUAUUGGUCAUCUGAGUUGUCAUGGCUUUUAUCCAACAAAAAAAAUUUAUUUUUUUUUAUUUUUUUGCCAAAUUCAAUGCAAAAGGAAUGUUUUUUCCGGAAGCGAAACGCCAUUCUUCAUUAAAUUGUAAUAUAUUCUGGAAAGGAACAAAACAAAAAAAGAAACGGAUGGAAAAGCCUAAAAGGGGGCUCAUAAGUUGUCUCUUGAAUAAGACAAAUUUAAGCUCAGAUGUGGCCCAAAGCUCAGGGAUUUAUAGUUAUGUGACUUUUUUCAGCUUUUACCAUCACCUUUUGUAAUUUAUUUAUUGCAUAAAAGCCGCCAGCCACUUGUAAGUUAAUUGGAUUUUCGAAAACCUAGACGGCAAAUUUAGUCAUGAAAACCCUUCAGCGUGCUCUUUUCAAAAAUGUUCUGCUUCAUGGGGAGCGAAAAUGGCAUUUCCGUCCACUGAACAUUGUUUACUGCUUGUCAUCCAGACAAAAAUUUUGGAAUUUUUUAUAAUUUUUUGUUCCUUAAGCAAACCACCGUCAAGGUUCAGAUUGUAUGUUUUGGCUAUAUCAUUUCGGGAAAAUAAUGUGGAUUCGACGUGCUUUGAAGUCGCCCGUCAACGAUUUGCGACGGCUAGCCGGGGCUGGAGACUUGGUGUAGCGACAAAUCCACAUUAUUUUCCCGACUGCCUGCUACUUUCUAGUGAUCCUUGGUCGUAAAAAAAUCGUCUAAACGGAUGAUGACGAGCAAAGCGAAUUCAAAAAUUGGGCUGUUUCCAAAGGGAGAUUUCAUUUAUGCAAAGUUGUAAAAUUUGAAGUCCAUUACUGCGCCAAUAAAACAAUCUUGUUCUUUCGCGAGUAUCACUUUUAUAAAUUACCAUAUAAGCAAACAAAUUACAGCUUAAAACUCCAAGGAAAGCCGAUAAAUCAUCUGGAAUGGUCAUUUAACAAGAGAUUUAUCGACUGCCAAAAAAAUGCGGGUUCCGGAAGAAGAUGAGGAAAUAGAUGUGUUGGUUCCUUUUCUAUUUUUUUUUGUUUGGGACAAUCCCAGUAAAUCUCCGGAGAUAUCCAGAAAGAGACGCAUUUAAAACCCUAAGGCAUUUUAUGCCGUUCGCUCUAAAAAAUGCUCCAUUUCAGCGCGCAAAUGCAAUAUGGUGGAGAUCAGGAUUUCAAAAGCAAAUUGCAACAGUAUUUCCUCGAAAAUCAUCGUUGGAGUAAGUGCACACUGUUUUUUGUACAACAUGAAUUAGGGCAGAAUAACUGAAAAUUUCCGUUUAAGGUUUCGGUAUUCGAGCACUAAAUUUCACCGUCAAAGUCAUGUCCUGUAUCUUAUAUUGCAUUCAAGUCGUCUGGAAUAGUAGUAAGAUGCCGGAACAAGUCAGCAACAUAUCAUUUAUUCCGUCGGAAUAUAACUACCUGAUCUGGACUAACCGGGCCGAACCGAUUUGGGCCGCCCAAGUCAUCGUGGCAUUGAUAUCAAUUACGCUGACAAUGACAAUAUUCUUUGUCACCUACAAAGUAACUCACGGUUUUGAACCUUCGGCCGGCAGAUUUGUUGAUAAUUAAACGUUUUUUACAGGGCAGUAUAAUCCGUUUGUUCACCUACAGUCAUUUCUUGCUUGAACUCCUAACGGGAGUCCCAUUAAUUAUUUCGGUAAGCCAUAAGAUCCGUUGAAAGACAGUUUUUUCGCUUCAGAUUUCGUUUGUCGAUUUACGAUACCUGAAUCUGCCAAUCUACCUGAAUUGUUGGAUUGCGGACGGAAUCUUGCAGGAUAUGAUUCACGAUUACUACCGAUCCUCCGUCAAGUACGAUAUGAAAGUCCUGAACAGGGAGAUACAGGCCUUGGUUUCGACGUUGAUCUGUUUAAUGCUGACUGGCGCUUGCGGAAUGGAGGCGUUGCAGCGGGGAGGAUCGUCCAAAUACGAUCUCUUUACCUCUUUCUACUUUGUCGUGGUUUCGUUCUCAACUGUCGGCUAUGGCGAUGUGAAGCCAGAUACCACCCUGAGCAGGUUGUACGUGAUGUUGUUGAUAAUCGCUGGUAUUUGUGUGCUGCCGAAGAAAGUAAGUCAUUUUAGUUAGCAAUUGCAGGCAUGUGUGAGAAUAUGCAUACUUUUGCGAUUUCUUUAGGUCGAGGCGCUGACUCAAACCUGGCUCGAGAAGGAAAAAGCCGGGUUCGACAAAACCAAGGGAUUCUCCCCAACCAGCAAACAUAUUGUUGUUACUAUUCCUACACUUGAUGCUGACUUUGUCAGUGACUUCUUGAAUGAGUUUUAUGCCCACAAAAAACAUCAGGUAAGACCAAGAAUUUCAUCUAAUACCCCGUCAUGUUAAGGGAUUUAUGGUCGUCCUUCUAUCACCUUGCGAGUUAGACGUUGGCAUGAAGAACCUCCUACGAAUUCCGCUCUGGUCAGAUCGAGUCCUCUUUGUCCGAGGCACUGCAUUGAAGGACGAAGAUCUUGCCCGUUGCAACAUGGUCGCAGCCAGAGCUUGUUUCAUCCUCAGCUCGAGGAACAACCAAGACAAGAAGAUCGCGGUAAGAAGGCUUUUGUAAGCGGUUUAAAGCUCGUCCGUUUCCAGUAUUUAUGAUUAAUGGUGCCUCGAUAAUAAGACAAAAUAUAUUCGGAAGACAUAAAAAGCCUGUGGGGGUAUAGCUCAGGGGUAGAGCGCUCGCUUCGCAUGCGAGAAGUCUGGGGUUCAAUUCCCCAUACCUCCAACAGCUUUUUUCCAAAAAAAUCUUUAUUCUAUAGAUUGUCCACCCUAGGGCGACCGCAUUUUUCUUUGAACUAUCGUAUUUUAUUAGAUUUUGUUUUAGGACCAACAAACAAUUCUUCGAUCUUGGGCAGUCAAGGAUUAUGCUCCAGAAGUGCCACAAUACGUUCAAGUAUUCCGAACAGAGGCCAAGUUGCAUAUUGAUCAUGCUCAUAUGGUAAUUUGCGAAGACGAAUUCAAAUUCUCACUUCUGGCCAAUAAUUGCAUUUGCCCGGGAAUCUCUACUUUUAUUACCCUGCUGAUGCACACUUCGCAAGGAGAGUAAGUCAUCAAAAAAAAGCAUAUCCACUUCAUAGAGAGGGUCAAAAGUCCUCCGAACUAUGGCAUCGUAUAUACGGAUUCCACUCGGGAAAUGAGAUUUACGAUAUUCUGGUCAAAGACAGCAAAUUUUUCUUCGAUUAUGUCGGGAAAACCUUUGCUUACACGUCGUUCCAUGCUCAUAGAACCUACGGAAUAUGUCUAGUUGGAGUGAAAAAGGGCGAGAAAGGCAGUCGAAUUCAGCUGAAUCCCGGCCAUCAACACGUGGUUCAGAUCAGCGAUCGAUUUUAUUACAUAGCGCUGACGAAUGAGGAGAGCAUCCGAGAUUUGCAUAAGCUGACAAAGAAACAUAACACCACUGCGCACAUCGCCAAUCUAGGUGAGUUAGAACUGAUUUUAGAGGUGGCUUGUAGCCACAGUCUGGCUCAUUGCUAAAUGUCUUCAGGAAGCCUUGCCAUGGACCUGCCGGGAAGUGUAAAUGAAAAACGGAAAAGUCGGUUGUCAAAGCUCAAAAAGCGAGCGUUUACAACUUCACAGGAUGCGAAACGACACAGUAAGCGGACAGCUGACAGGACGUCAAGUAUUGACGCCGUAACCGGUGCUUAUGAGCUCAGUUCGGAUGAUGAUAUCGCUGACUGUAUUUUGUGCCCAGGCAUUAGUUGCAUAGCGGAUGAGUAAGUCUUACGGAGUAAAAAAAUAGAUUUUUCUGCCAAAAGAAAAUAUCGGCUUAAUUUUUAGCUUAUCGGCUUUACGGCUAUUUCUGCCCACCGUAAAUUUUUAAUUCCAGGGUUGUCAAAAGCUACCCGCCGGUCAACGCCUACAUUGGCUCCAAUCCAACGUUGUGCUACACUUUAAAGGAAAGAAAGAACCAUUGUUGCCUGAGGCUGGAUGAGGUAGGACAGGAACUAAUGAGUAUGAAGGAUAACUCAAUUCAUUCCAGCCUUGUGAACACGUUGACUACACCACCGCUACCUCCUACAACUUCCGCAAUAAGCCGAUUAUUGUUGCCGCGGACAAGGCCACUGCCGGACUUUAUAACCUCCUCUUGCCAUUACGAUCAUUUUAUCGGCCGGUUCACGAUCUCAAGCCUAUUAUUCUGCUCCUCCAACUUGACAACAGUAAAGGCGGGUGGGUUUGGGCACUGUAUAUUUGAAAUUAUUCCAAAAUUUUUAGCAAUCCCAAGCCCAGCGACGCAUUUUUGGAUGUAAUAUCGCAUUUCCCGGAUAUUUACUGGAUGCAGGGGAAAAUUUCGAAGUCAGUUUUAAAGAAAUUAUUUUUCAAGUGUUAAUUGCAUAAUCACUAAAUAAUUUUCAGUUUGGACAAUCUUCUGCGAGCCGGAGUCAACAAUGCCGAGCACUUUAUCGUGGUUAAGCAAGCCAAUACUGAGCUGGAAGUUCAACUUGCUGAUUGUGGCACGAUCGUUACUGUCCAGAAAAUCCAUAGGUAAGCUGUUUGCUGCACUUUUCAAGCAUUUUCAGGAUGUUUCCAAAUCUCAAAAUCACAACCGAACUCGUCUCCGAAUCCAACAUGAGAUUCGUUGAAUUCGACGCCAAUGAUCCGUAUGCCCUCCAGCAGUCAAAAUACGAGAAAAAGGAGAAGAAACGUGGUUCCAGUCUGGCCUUUAUGUUCCGACUUCCGUUCGCGAGCGGCAGCGUCUUCUCCGCGCACAUGCUGGAUCGUCUGUUGUACCAGGCGUUCCUGAAACCGUAUUUGUGCGACUUCCUCAAGAUUCUACUCGGCAUCGACCAGUCCGCUGGUAGUGGGUAUCUGGCGUCGGUAAGCAGGGUUUGGCAAUGCUAGGCUUUCAAGAAAUUGACAAAUUCGGCUUCAAACUUUGCUUCAGAUCGAAAUAACCGAAGACGACAUGUGGAUCAAGACCUACGGCCGUCUCUUUCAAAAGUUGUGCUCGUCGGUGGCCGACAUUCCAAUCGGAAUCUAUCGGACAAUCGACGUCAGCCAGCAUCAAAACAACGUCACCAUCGAAGUGGAUGAGGCGGAAUUCGAAGAGGAAGAAAGGGACGAAAAUAAAUCGUUGUUGAAUGAAAAUAACAAAGGGAAUGUGCAGGAUCUUGUGAAACAACGAAUGAAGUCAUUGCAACUCAACGUUACCCAAUACAGUGGGUUUUUUUUUAAGUGGAAGUUAGCUGUUGACGUUAUUCAUACUACUUUAUAUAUACACAUAAGUCAUCACCUUUCCAGAAGAAACCCUCGAUUUCCGACGGAAGAUCUCAUAUGUGAUUAUCAACCCAUCGUUUGAUCUGGAGCUCCAUGCAGGCGAUAUUGUCUACGUGAUUAGAUCCCCAGUCUCCGAAAGCACUAAAACCAAAAAGAUCGACCCGAGAGUCGGCCUGAGGAAAAAGGUGCCUAGCCGCGAAUUCCCGCGCUCUGGAGAUGAUAGAAAUUCUUCGAUGGAUCAGUAA